AUGCGCCCGUGCGCCUCACCCCGCGCGCCCCCCGCCCAGCGCGCCAACCUGUCCACGGACAGCCGCCCCGAGAUCAACGGCUCGUACGGCGCCUUCCUCGCCGUCAUCGCCGUCCUCGCCGCCGUCUUCGUCCUCGCCACCCUCGGCAUCUUCCUCCUCCUCCGCCACCACGAGCCGACGCCGUACGAGCGCCACGCGCGCAAGGUCCGCGCCCGCGCCCGCGACGUCUUCACCGCCGAGGCCCCCGUCGGGCCCCUGGGCAUGCGCGAGCGCGUCGCCCGCCUCUUUGGCCGCCGCGGGGGCGGCGGCCCAGGCUGGAUCAAGGCCUCGGGCGACGACGGCGACGAGUGGGACCCGACGUUCCACGGCGCCCACCACUUGCGCGCGGGCUCGAACGCGACCACGGACACGCGGCUGCGCGGCGAGGGCUCCCGCUAUUCCGCGAGCGUCGUGAGCGGCGCGCCGAUGCAGCACGCCGACAGCACCGACUCGGUCGAAGUCGAGCUCCACGCGCCCGCGGACGAUCGCUCGCCCUCUGCGCCGCCGUCGUCCGUGGGGCACGAGCGUACGGGCAGCCGGCCGGUGUCGGACCGCGCGGACUCGAUGGACAGCAGGCGUAGCCAGCUCUGGGGCGAGCGCGGCGGCGGCCGGGACUCGUAUCCGUUUGGAGAGUCCCCGGCGCACUCGCGCGACCCCACGGCGGGCUCGCCGCCCGAGCUCGCGGACUCGCCCGUGGAGGGGCACCACGAGGAGGAGUUCAGGCCCCGCGACGACCGCCACUUCUCCGUGCAGUCCGCGGGCUCGGUCAGCGUUCGCUCGAUGCGCAAGUUCGACAACGGGACGAAGUUCAGGGAGGGCCUGAGUUUCUAG